GAACUUGGCAGUCUGUAACGAGAGUGAUAGAUAAUAAACUCCUCUACUUUGGGUCCAUUUGUUUAGCUACUUCAGUUGAUUAAAUCACAGUGUCUGAGUGUGUACUGGGUGAUUUGAAUCUUGGGAAGUAGAAGUGUUGAGUGUUUUUGUUUAAAGAGCCAAGUCAAUUGGCUUGGCUAGGGUCUUCUUUGUAUCUGUGUACUUUCAGUUCAAAUUCAAUAAAAAUUACUUUCCUUUAUGAAAUUGUUCAAUUUAGAGAGUUUGAACUAGAGUUUUCCUUGAGCUCUUCCUCCCAUUAUGAUUUCACAAUUGGUAUCAGAGCACGCUCUUUGAAUGGAUUAACAAUCGCCAAAGAGAAAACUGAAGGGAUGUCUAGGUCUUCAUCAGCAUCUGCUUCAUACUCAGCCAGCACCAAUCCUCCAUGGUUCGAUGGCACAGACUAUACUGUCUGGAAAAAGAGAAUGAAGAUCUAUCUUCGAGGAGUAGAUGGAGACUUAUGGGGAAUACUCAGAAAAGGUCCAAUUCCAAUGAAUGAUGAUGAAGAAGAAAAAUGGGAUGAUGAGCAGAAUGUUUCAUCUCAGUUGGAUUCAAGAGCAAUGCACAUCCUGUACUCAGCACUUUGCCCUGAGGAAAGAAGUCAAGUGGCACAGUGUGAAACUGCCAAGGAGAUUUGGUAGUCUCUUCAGACUACCCACGAAGGUACGUCAGAGGUAAAGGAAAGCAGAAUUGAUGUUCUCUUAAACGAAUAUGAAUCUUUUGAAAUGAGUACAAGUGAAUCUAUUACCAGUAUGUAUAAAAGAUUUAAUGACCUGAUAAAUAGGUUAAAAGGUCUAAGUAAAACCUUUGCUACAAAAGAUCUUGUUAGAAAAAUUCUAAGAAGUCUUCCUCGUGAAUGGUUACCCAAACGAAUUGCUAUAGAAGAAGCUAAAGAUCUAAACGUUUGUCAAUUGAAAGACUUGUUGGUUCGUUAUUGAGUCAUGAAGAAGUUAUUAUCCAAAUGAACAAAGAAGAUAAUAGGCGAAAGAAAGUUAUAGCAUUUAAACCUCAAGAAUAUGAUAGUGAUAUAGACUAUGACAUAAGUGAAGAAUUUGAGAAGGAAUUCGCACUUGUAAGUAAGAAGUUUCAUCGCAUGUUGAAAAUGAAAAGAGACUUUUAAGAAAAUAGAGCCUUUAAUGAUACAAGAAAUUUCAGUAAUAGAAUGUGUGAAUAUAAAAGGGACAUAGAUGGUUUUGAACAAUUUCCUCCCAGGCAGGUUGACAAAAUAUGUCAAACGGAUUCUACUAUGAAAGGAGUAUUCAAAGAUCCACAGAAAGGCCUUAUGAAGGACGAGAAAGGUUUAGAUCAGACACCAAGGAAGACCAUAGGUCUUUCGGAGAAAAAAAUCUAACUAUUUGCUUUAAGUGUGGAAAAAUAGGACAUAUGCGCUCUAAAUUCCCCUUGAACUCUAAAUCUCAAGAAAAGGCGCUCACUGCUUCAUGGAGUGAUUUCAGUUCUGAAGAAGAACAAGAAAUAAAAAAUCUUGCAUACAUGGCAUUUGCAUCCAAAGGUGAAAGCGACUGCCAAUCCUCCAGCAGUGAUGAUCAACUACUCCUUCAUGCUAUCAGGUAAUCACUGAUUCAGAUUAAAAAAAGAAUAAUGCCUUUGAACCAAACACUGAGUUCCUUCAUGCUUUAACAAAUCUACAAGAUGAAUGUAAUUGACUCAAGAGUAAGUACUGUUUGCUUAUGACUGAUAAUCAAGCCUUGAAAAAGGAAAUUCUCACAUUAAAUAGAUCCUUGUGCAUUCAAAAUGAAUGUCAUGAAAGAUU